UUUUUUUAAUUUUCCAAAUUUUGUAGAUAUGUUCAACGUAUUUUUCUCGUUAGCUAAGGAUGGAGGGAAUGGAACAACAAUACCUAACGGUCCAAUAACCAACAAUAAAGAACAAUUAACAAAUACUGUAUACAAAGAAUAUAGAGCUACAUCUCGCUUAUCCGAACCUUAUAAACGUCUUCGAAACGCAAUAAAAAGAAUGGAGGAGGAAUAUUCAAAAUCUAAACAGCAUAAUUUAAUUAUGAGAUAUAUGAGGAUGCAAAAAAUGAUUUAUGAACUUGUACAAGUUGAAAGAGAAUAUUGGUUAAUGGUUGAUAUACCUCCCCAAGCUAUUUCCGAAACUCCACAGGAAUAUGCUAUUAGGUAG